GAUUUAUCUCCCAAUCUCCUUUCAUUCUCUCACGCUCACGCUUUUGCACAAACAGAAAGAAACCCAGAAACCGAUCUCCAAUUCAGCCUAGACUACGAUUGCAUGAAUGGGCAGUAAGUUUUAAAAAAGGGUCAUAAUCGAUGGCCAAGUAUAUGAAUAUAUAGCAAAGCGUGAAAUGACCGAUGAAGAAAUCAAACGCUAUUAUGAUCAGUUUAAUAAGAGUGGGGUAAGUUUUUUUUUUUCAUUUUCGUAUCUGAAACACAAUGAAGCGACAAAUUUCCAAAACUACUCAUAAAGAUCCAUCACCGAUCAUCGGAGCAACUUUACCACAACAAUCACGUCGUCUCCGUGUAGUUCGGAGCUCCGAUUUCCGCAUUCCAAAUCCAACUUCCCAAUCAACCAAAGAUAUCAGCUGCAGGAAAAGAGUAAAGCUUACAAAUCUUGAUGUUAAUAUUCCCUUAAGUUGCAGAAGAAAUGCCUCUCCCACAGCUUUAGAAGGAAGACAGAGUCCGAGAUCCGAUGACCCCAAAACUUCCGAAUUUGCAUUUUUUAAGAAAUUGAAGGAAAAUACAGGCCGCAAAUACGAAUCCCAUACAUUGCAUAAAGAAGAAAACCAGUCAAAGAAGUUCAGAAUUAGUGACUGUGCUGGAGGAAACCCAAACAGUGUCAAAUUUAGCUGUAAGGACUUCAGUUCCUCAUUACUUGCUGAAAAUGUCACACCUAGUAACUUUAGCUCACACCUGUCACCUCUUGGUGGGGCAUCAAAGAAAUCAGGGGGCCAGCACGGGCAUGGAGAAAUCUUUUCUAAAAAGAGACAUAAAUUACGCAAAUGGGUUGUAGAGACAUCAUAUCCUCAUAUUGAAGAACUCUGUUCAAAGGGGUAUGAUUUUGUUUCUUUGCUUCUCAGUCGCCUCUUCCCCGAGGGCAACAAAAACAGUGGUUUUAAGAAAUCAAAAUCAAGGCAAGUUGAUAUUGAUACCAAAUCUCAAUUUCUCACUUCUUUGGAAUUGCAUAGUCAGCUCAAAAAAUUAAGUCAUAUGCCUGCAAGGAAUUAUAUGGAACUUGACCAUGUUUCACACUUGGAUGAUGGUUCUUCAUCUUGUUGGUUGAAUAGAUCACCAGAGGGGGUUCUCUCAAAUUUUUACACUCCCCCAAACAAUGCCAGUAUAGCAUGUCUCGAGUAUGAAAUGAGAGAAACCGAUUAUGAAGUUGGAGGAAGAAGUCCAGUUCUAUGCACUCAGUGUGAUUCCACUUAUGGCUUUCAAUCUAAAAGAUAUGGAUCUCUUGCAUAUAAUCAUCUCAAAGAACUGGAUGACUUGCAUUAUCCAAAAAAAUGUUUGAUUAAAAGUGGGUCAAAUCCUCUUCUUCUGGGUUGGGACUUUGGCAGGAAUACAGAGGAAAGAAACUCGUCUAAUACUUGUCAAAAUACAGAGCUGAAUCUGUAUUCACCUUCAUCAAGUUCCUUGGGUGAUUAUCAUCAGCACAUUCUGGAUGAAAGGAUAGGUGCAAAAGAGUUAAGUGAAUCAUCCUUCCUGUCAACAAAUUCUCCAAAUGUUAUUUCAUUCCCAUGGUCCCAUUCAGCCAACUAUAAUGAACUUGAUUUUGGAAAACAAGUUGAAGACAAGGAAGAUAUAAAUGCUGACUUUAACCAUUUUCCUCUAGCUCUAACACUUGCACCAGACUAUCUUACUCUGGCUGAAGAUCACAAGAAUGACACUAAAUGCAAAGAUAGCAGCAUCUUCUUUUCUCCUCAUAAUCUUGAUAUAAUGAGCAAGGUUUUUGGUGAGAGAUAUCAUCAUCCUGGUUUUGAAGGUGUCCUCCUCUCCUCUGGACUUGAUUUAGAUUUAGAAUGGGAUUGCCCAUCAUUAAGUGGUUCCUCAAGGAAGCAUCAUCCACCUGUCAAUUGUGCUUUUAAGUCUCCCAGAAAUGAAGGAACAUAUUCAUGCUUUUUACUCAAAGACAAGAGUGAAAGUUUCCUAGAUGGUUCAAGUCAUAGAGGAACCCUGAGUCAUGUCAGUGAUAUUGUUAAUAUCCAAGACUUGUCAUCAUUUUAUUUCCAAAUGUCGCUAGAAAAAGACAGGCCAUGCCCUUUGCUGCUCAAUAAAUCAAGCUGGGAUGGAACUUGAGGACAAAUUUAUUAUGAUGAUAGUAAAGAUGCUUCCAAGCAUUUUGGACAUGCUCUUCAUGCUUUCAUUAUGCCUAGUUGUAGCUGCACAUUAUUGUUAAUGUAGCUACUUUGUUUACUGGAAUUUUCCAAUGUUUUAAAGAUUUCAAGUAU